GUUGUGAAUAUUGUUGAGGUGUCGGUGGUGGUCUUUCUUCAAAGUCUUACUUCACUCACUCUUUUGCUCAUCCUUCUUCUUCUGCUCCCACCUCACCUGCUCUACUCUACUUAACUCAACUUCUUCCCUACCAUUUUCUCUCUCCUCAUUUUCAUCAUUUAUUUCAAUUUCAAAGCAACCAAUUAAUCCAUUCAUUAACACAUUGAAUUCCAAUGUUUUUUUGCUGAAAUUUUGCAUAAAGUUGCAAUCUUUAUUUCAGGGGUUUGUUGGGCUUUUUUUGUUGUUUAAUUUCUUUUUACAGAUUUAGAAAAUGCAGAGAUCUGAGAGAGAUUAUCCAAGGGAUAAAAAGAAGGAAUCAUCAAAUUGUCUUUUUGGGUUUGGAAAUUGGAUCUCAAGUAUUAUGGUGGAUCCAAGACAGAUUCUUGCUGGGUUUCUUACUGUCACCAUGUUUGUUAUGCUUGCUCAUAUGAUUAGAAGAGACCAUUUUCAUUCCAAUUCUCAGGUGAGGAUGUCAUCAACUUCAAAAACCCAAUUUGAAGAAUCCAAGUAUGCAGAACAAUCUGUUGUUGAAGUUGAUAGCAGUGGUCUAUGGAAGGAAGAUGCUCCUGAGCUUAAACCUUGUUGGGCCCAACCAAGUUUGGAAGAAGGAGACCAAUCUGAGGGAUAUGUUACUUUCUCCUUGACAGAUGGUCCAGAAUACCAUGUCUCACAGAUUGCUGAUGCGGUGGUAGUGGCAAGAAACCUCGGUGCAACUCUUGUAGUUCCUGAUAUUAGGGGAAGCAAGUUGGGGGACAAGAGGGAUUUUGAUGACGUCUAUGAUUCUCAGAAAUUUACAACUAGCUUGAAUGGGGUGGUCAGGGUAGUGAAGCAACCUCCUUCAAUAUCAACAAAAAAACUUGCUGUUGUGAAGGUUCCUAAUCGUGUUACCAAAGAACACAUUGCCGAAAAUAUUGAACCAGUGUUCAGGGAAAAGGGCAACAUCAGGCUAGCUACUUAUUUUCCAUCAGUAAAUAUGAAAAAAGAUAAAACAAAAACUGAAAUUGAUGCUGCUGCAUGCAUGGCAAUGUUUGGGACUUUAGAGUUGCAACCAGAAGUUCGUGGUGUCGUGGACUCAAUGGUGGAGCGAUUGAGAACAUUGAGUCGAAAGUCAGACGGCCGCUUUGUAGCUGUGGAUUUGAGGGUUGAUGUAUUAGAAAAGAAGGGUUGCAAAGACAAAAGUGGUUCUGCUACAAAAAGUUGUUUUAAUGCCGGAGAAAUUGCUACUUUUUUAAGAAAAAUUGGUUUUGGCAAGGAUACCACAAUCUAUUUGACACAAUCAAGAUGGGACAGCAGUCUAGACACACUAAAGGAGCUCUUUCCCAGAACUUACACAAAGGAGGGAAUAAUGCCUAUGGAUAAAAAGGACCAAUUCCUUAAUCCAGAAGCACCUACACUAGAAGAAGUUGUCGAUUACUACAUCUGUUCUGAAAGCGAUGUUUUUGUACCAGCCAUUUCUGGCCUAUUCUAUGCCAAUGUUGCUGGGAAGAGGAUCUCUUCUGGCAAAACACAAAUACUCGUUCCAGCUGAUAUACCUGGCUCUUCUGCUUCCCCAGAUAACUACCUUUCUCACUAUGUCACCAAGCAGAACCACUUGGCUUAUUCAUGUUUCUGCUGAUAGUUUUUCAGAACCAGAGACAAAAUAUUGGCCAUACCUUUCAUAAUAGUGUUCAGAAUUCUGAUAAAACAGGUGAGUUUAACCAUUUUGAUAGUCAAUGGUUGAGUGAUUUUUCAUACUUAAAUUCAGGGUAACCUCAGGAAAACUCGAGGUUACUUGAUCUUUAGAGAUACAGCUUGUAAUAUAUUUAUUUAAGUUGUAUUGUAGUGAUUUGUAAACAGUGUGAUUUCAACAUGUUAGUUUGGUUCAGUUUGUGGCUUUAUGACAUGACAUGCCAGA